AUGGCAGCCUCGGUGUGCGGCUCACGAGUGAAGGCUCGCGCGGCAACCUCGGUGUGCGGCUCACGAGCGAAGGCUCGCGCGGCAGUUUCGGUGUGCGGCUCACGAGCGAAGGCUCGCGCGGCAGCCUCGGUGUGCGGCUCACUAGCGAAGGCUCGCGCGGCAGCUUCGGUGUGCGGCUCACGAGCGAAGGCUCGCGCGGCAGCCUCGGUGUGCGGCUCACGAGCGAAGGCUCGCGCGGCAGCUGUGUGCGGUCGCGGAGUGUGGAAGGUGUUGAGAAGGCUCGCGCGGCAGCCUCGGUGUGCGGCUCACGAGCGAAGGCUCGCGCGGCAGCCUCGGUGUGUCUCAGGCGCGGCGGCUGAGAAGGCUCGUGGGCGGCUCACGAGCGAAGGCUCGCGAGGCAGCCUCAGUAGUUUUGUCAGAUACUCAGAGGCACGCCCCACGAGGCAGGCCGAGCCAUUAUAA